ACUUGCGUAGUUGUUUGGUUCACCCCACAAACAAACAAACAAACAAAAAUCCGAUACGAAAACGAUUCUCCAAAAAUCUCUGAUUCAAGUUACCAGGUCAUGGUUUCGUGUUCAGCAGAUCUGAAGAUUUUGGUAUCAAGAAAGAGACUGAAGGUUUUGGAUUUACAUUAUCCGGAUUCGCAUUAUAGUGCCGACGAUUCCCCAUCUUCUUCCUGCUCUUUUCAUGCCCGAUGCCCAGAAAGCGGGUUUGUUUCUUCUCGUCGCGGCGGCGAGUGCGACUUUGAUGACGGCGAGAUGGAUGAGAUGAGCUGCCAAUCAAAUGGCGAGAGCAGUGAUCUCGAGCAUUCCUCGUAUGGCGUCGGCGGUGGUAUUUGUGUUGGUGGUGCUGAUAAGAAGAAUUAUCCCCCCACUGCUCCUGCUGCUUCCAUGGCACUGGCAAGCGGAUGGAUGUAUGUUAACGACUGCGGCCAGAUGUGCGGCCCAUACAUUCAAGAGCAGCUCUAUGAGGGUUUAUCUACUGGUUUUUUGCCAGAAGAUCUUCCUGUAUACCCUCUCCUCAAUGGCAAAAUAGCCAAUUCCGUGCCCUUGAAAUACUUCAAGCACUUUCCCGACCAGGUCGCCACUGGUUUUGCGUAUCUCAAUGCAAAUCCGCUUGCUUAUCAAUCGGCUUCCUAUGCAAAUGUGCCCAUAUCGAGUCCUGCGCCCUCCCACUCCCUAAAACCCUAUGCAUCACAGUCAAGUAAAGAAGCUUGUUGGUUGUAUGAAGAUCAUGAACGUAAAAAACAUGGCCCACAUUCCCUUCAAGAACUGUUUUCAUGGCAUCAAUAUGGUUAUCUCCGUGAUUCGAUUAUGAUAUACCAUACUGAAAAUACUUGUACGCCAUUUACGUUGCUAUCUCUUCUAAAUGCAUGGAAACCUGAUGCAUCUGACACUGCCACAACAACACCUGAUGCUGCAACUAACGAGACGGGCUCUUCCCCAAGCUUAUCCGAAAUGUCCGAAGAAGUUUCUUGUCAACUGCACUUUGGAAUUAUGAAAGCAGCUCGUAGGAUCGUGUUGGAUGAAAUCAUUAGCAACGUUAUAGCUGAAUUUGCUGCCAUGAAGAAAUCUUGGAGAGAGGUUAAGCAUGAACCAAUCAAUCAGGCCGCAGAGACUUGCUCCUUGGAUCAGAGAAUGUUGGAAUUCGCUGGAGUGAAGAAACGUACUGCACCAUUGUGUGAGACCACCACCCCUAGCCCUGCUGCUGACAAUAAGGCAAUUAUUAUUAAGUCUGUGGGGAGCAUCGAGAAUUUUUGGGGGUCACAUGCAGUUGUUAGCAAAGUGCUUUUCGAUUAUUGCAUGGAAGUUAUGUGGAAUGCUGUCUUUUAUGAUACUCUGGCUGAGUAUUCAUCAGCUUGGAGGAAGAGAAAACUUUGGUCUGGCAUUCCAAUUUCUCGGAAACCUGUUGGUAAUUAUGCUAAGAUGGCUGAGAAACUACCUGGUGAAGAUUUACAAAGGCAAGAAUCUUCUUCUCACGAUGAAAGCAUUUGUGGUUUUAGACGGUUGGGAAUUGAAUCAGAUGAUCAUGCCCACAAGCUCUCUAUUUUGACUUCUCCAGCAUUUUUGGAAUUGAAGUCAUCUAAACAAACGAGCCCAACACACACACGUUAUUUAUACAAUGACAUGGAUUCCAUUGCAAAAGAUGUAGAAAAUGAGCUCCACUUAUCUGCAAUGGCAUCUCUUACUGAGUAUGUUAAAUCUUUAGUUGAGGAGGAAGUAAGGAAAUUUGUUGACUCAUCUAAAGAUGACAGAUCUGCUCAGAUAAUUCUGUCGGGCACUUCUCACUCUUUGGCUCAGGUAGCAAAACCUUUCCACGAGCCUGUAUCUGGAAAUCGCAUGUUGGAGUUGUUCUCAAGUGUAUUUAAGGAACAAUGCUUACAUGCCGGUAAUCCAGUGGCUGAACAAGAAAGUAACGAGCCGCCUCCCCCUGGCUGUGAAGACAACAUUAGAUCUUUUGCUUCAUCACAUCAGGACAAAUUUCGAACUUUGAGAUCUAAUAAAUGUGUUCCUAAGAUGGGGGAAUAUGUUGCCAUAGCAAUGUGCCGGCAAAAGUUGCAUGAGGAUGUUCUUAGAGAAUUGAAAAUGUCAUUUAUUGGCUAUGCUCUGCAGAAGUUUCUUCAGACAUGGCGCUCUUCAAAAAAGCACUGCAAGCUUCUUGAUUAUGAGGAAGGAGCACAAAAUGCAAACAGAAAACUUCCUGGGGGCAGUUCACUACUACUAGACAAAAUUGGGGAAGAACUGGAAUGUUGUCCCAAAUCUACCUCAGAUAAAUCUUCAACUGCAGUUGGUAAAUACACCUACCACCGCAAGAAAUCCCAAAAGAAGUCUGGAUCUAUUUCUAAGCUUGAUACUACAGUUGGUGGCGGAUUACUCGAUCAUUUAGCAGAAGAGUCAAAGAAAGAACAUGUUUCCGGAGACGUUAUUGUGGCUGCAAAGGCUCAAGUUGCUGCCACAAGUUCCAAAAAGAUUGGGCUGAAAAAGGGUCAAAAUGAGUCCUCUGCAAAGGAUAAAUCUUUGCAAGUAGUUUCUAAAGUAAAACGUAAUUUGUCCAGUGACCGCUUAAAAACAAAGAAUUCUAGCAGUAGGAAAGCGAUGGUCUCUUCUAGAGCUCAGAAGAGUGGCAAGUUAGCUGAAGGUGCUAAUAAACCUAGCAGAACACAGGUUUUGGCUCCCUCAAGUAAACGUGAUGGUGUUCACAAAGUUGAAAACGAUAAUGACCAUGAUGUUAAAAUUCAGGAAGAUCUCCCAACUAAGGCAUCUAAGCUAAAGAGAGAACGUCCAAUGGAUAGUAUGCCACCAUCACAUUCCAAAAAAGUUCUGAAAGUUGCAAAUGGGGAUGCCAAACAAGCACUGUCCAAGCAGGCUGUUGUGAAAAAGACCAAGUCCAGGAAAUCCAAGAUAGUGAAAAAUGCUUACCCUAGAUCUGAUGGGUGUGCUCGGGCCUCAAUUAAUGGAUGGGAAUGGCAUAGGUGGUCAGUCAGUGCAAGUCCGGCAGAAAGGGCCCACGUUAGGGGAAUUAAAUAUAUUGAUACUAAGCGGUCAAGUUCUGAUGUUAAUAAGUCGCCUUUAUCGAAUGGAAAAGCUCUUUCUGCAAGAACUAAUAGGGCAAAACUGCGCAAUCUUGUCGCUGCUGCAGAGGGUGCGGACCUUUUGAAAGCCACCCAAUUGAAGGCAAGGAAAAAACAAUUGCGUUUCCAAAGGAGCAAAAUACAUGAUUGGGGACUUGUUGCCCUCGAACCAAUUGAGGCCGAAGACUUUGUUAUUGAAUAUGUCGGAGAGUUGAUUCGUCCCCGGAUAUCUGACAUACGUGAACGGCAUUACGAGAAGAUGGGAAUUGGCAGCAGCUAUCUUUUUAGACUCGAUGAUGGUUAUGUGGUUGAUGCAACAAAGCGGGGUGGCAUUGCACGAUUUGUAAACCAUUCUUGUGAGCCCAACUGCUACACCAAAGUUAUAAGCGUUGAGGGUGAAAAGAAAAUUUUCAUUUAUGCAAAACGACAUAUAGCUGCUGGAGAAGAAAUCACUUACAACUACAAGUUUCCUUUGGAGGAGAAAAAGAUACCCUGCAAUUGUGGAUCUAAAAGGUGCCGUGGAUCAUUGAAUUAGAAAGUGACUUGAGUUGCUCUGCUAGUUACUUUACAUAAAUGGUCGUUGGAUUCUUAGUCUCUUAUCUCUUGACAUUGAGUUCAAAUUCCAUAUGUUUAAGAGGUAUUCUGAUGCCCUCUAAUGCUAUGAUGUUGUUAGUUGAAGGAUGCUACAGAAGUCUGGAAACUGCAAAUGUGUUGUCGUUGACUAAUUUUGCCCACCUAUAUCUCAACAACCAAAGGUUUGUGGGGUCACAGUUGACAUCAGAAGCUGGACAAUCCGAUCAUGGUGACGGGUUUAUCAUUUGGAUUUUUGCCCUUCGUGUCAAAGAUGAAUUACUGACCCAUGUGCAUUCUUAUAGUUUCUGUGUUGCAGAUGAGUUUCUCCUCUUAGAAUCUGUAAAUCAGUUUUGUAGUCAUUUUUCUUGCUUACGUUACACUUUUGGAAUACAUGAUUUUAACAAUUUUUGUUUGUAAAAAUUGGUUGCUUCUACUAAUGUGGACACACCUAUACGUCUGUUGAACAUGUUCUGAAUGGGGGAGGGAAAAAAGGGCAAUCUUAACAUAUGGCCCCUUCUAAUCUGAAGACACUUUUCUUUUAUGGGCUUUUGGGGCAUCUAACCAACCAUGUGAAAAUGUGCAUCAUGUUAUUGUACCUUGUUUGUCUUUCCACUGUAGACACUGUGGUGUGAAAUUAUUCCAAGAACUUUAGGCUUGAAUUGGUAGGAGGGAAAAGUGGAAAAAUAAUAGAAUUGAAAAAUGGAAAGAGGAAAUAGGAGAGGGAGAUUAAUGGAUGGAUUUCAAGGCUUAUUGUUUUUUGGCAGGAGAGAUGAAAGGAGGGAAUAGAGUUGACGAGGGAUUCAAAAUCCUCCAUGGAACUCGAAUCUUGAUCCUUCUAAAGUUGGAGGGAUUAGAUGAGGAAAUUCAUACCAAACACGAUAAAAGAAAGGUCCUCUCUUUCACUUAAUUUUCUCACUCAGGUUGUAUGCACUUUUUUCCUCAUUUUUUCCCUCUUUCCAAACGAAGCCUUAGAUAAGCAAGUUGGGCAGUAUAUAUAUAUGUAUAUAUAUGGUAAUGAUCAUGACAUCUGGAAUGAUGGGUUUGCUUCAAAUUACUGUCGUGUUGUGAUGAUUCAUAGAAGGUAACUGCCUUUCGGGCAAUGUGCUUUAAUUCAUGAAAUUUCGUUUGAAACGAUUGUUUUUUGUCACCUUUACGUGCCAAUAACUAAAUCCCAUCAAUGAAUUUUGGGAUACAUGCCUUUUGAAACCAAAAUGGUUGUUUUGAUAAAAUGUGAUGAUAAUUGUUUGUUUGAAACCCCUGAACAUGGGAUCAGUAAUUUGUUGGUCAACAGUCAAACGACAGCAAUGAGGGGGAGAGGAAGUUGGAUGCGUUUCAUUAGGAGAGUAUUAGAACAGGAACUUGAACAGCAUUUUUUCAGACAUGCAAAUGCAAUUGCUCAAAGGGAUCUAAAAACGACAAUUGACAUUGCUCAAAGGAGAAACUUGUUGUAUGGUCCUACUUGAUUAGAAUCGAAUGUUCCGCGUCACUGGCAAUUACACCACAAGUGUCAAAUAUAUGUGCUUUAGUUUUUCCCUUCAUUUUAUAUCAUUCUUAUAAUUUUUCAUUUUUUAUAAUUUUUUUUUUUUUUAUUGUUUGCAGGAGGAGAAGCACUAAGCUAAAUAAAUCAUGUAUUAGGUGCUGAGGUGUUGUUCCAUUUAUGCCCUCUGGAGUCAAAUUCUCAUCGGUACGAGCCAAGAGAAUGGACCCCUGGCCUAUGAUUUUCAUAUAAAGGACACGACGAGCAUAAAUACCCUCUUUAACUUCUAUUAUGAUGGAUUGAAUGUCUUUCAUAAAUAAUCGGAAGAAGAUGCGAUCAUGAACCAGAAUAAGACAAAAGUAUGUCGAAGUUGACUGUCAUUUCAUCAAAAUAACAAGCAAGAAGUAGAAUUGUAGAGAGUGAUCUGUAUGCCACUCAUUCCAUCUAACAAGCAGCUAAUCGGCAGAAAUUCUUAAUUGUUACCAGACGGAUUUCCUAUGUAGAGACAAAGUUCUGGGAUGUUGACAAAGCAAGUUGGGGUUGGUUGAUAAAUUUGGUACCAAUAUUUUUAAGGUGACCCAUAGUUAUGAAGUUAAGUACUAUCUAGCCCAAUUCGAAGUACUUGUUAAGCCCCAAAAAAAUAAAUAAAAUAAACAAAAAACCCUAGUGGCUUUAGGUCUCAGUCUCACCAGUCCGUCUCAACUCUUACGUACUCGU